AUGGAGCUGGAAAAGCCCCUGGUGGGACCCGACACGCUGCUCAAGACCUACAAGUGGCGGGAGGCCGAGCGGGCCUCAGCGUCGCCGGGGAGCCGCCGGUGGGCCCGGCUCCAGGGAUGGAAACGGUCCUACAGCCAACCGGAAUCCGAUGGCGCCGAGGAUGCCGUCGGAAAAGGCGGCUCCGGGACCACCGGAGCGGCCAAAGCCAGCGCCAGGAGGUCCCUCUUCCAAAGGGCUUUCUCAGCGCCCUCCAAGGUGGCCAAGGAGCCGCGGGGUGGUGAGGGUGGCAAGACCACGUUGCAGAAGUACCUGCGCUCCAUGUCCAAGAAGAAAGGUCCUGURGAGAGCGGGGCCAGGGCUGAGCGGGUGGCCCAUGAUGCACUGGGUACGGGGACCCCUGUGGUGCCACCCAUCCUGGCCCCCGUGCCUGAUGCCCCAGUGUGGGACGUCUCCAACUUCUCGCUGGUGGACGGCCACCUGGUGCUCGUGGGCAGGGAGGAGGAGGCCAUGCAGCGUGCGGUGUGUCCCAUGGUGUGCGCCGUGCCAUGUCCCUUGCUCUCCACCAUGUCCUCCACCGUGCCAUGUCCCUUGCUCUCCACCAUGUCCACCACCACCCCAUGUCCCGUGCUCUCCACCACGCUCUCCACCAUGCCAUGUCCCAUAUUCUCCAUCAUGCCAUGUCCCAUGUUCUCCACCACGCCAUGUCCCACGCUAUAUCUUCCCACGGACGAGCGCAGCGGCCGGACCACAUCCAAGGGCGCCGAGAGCGAAGCCACCCAGCUGGGCACCGUCAAGGGGCUGCUCUGGAAGCGCCUGCGGGAACGAAAAGUCCGCGGAGGAGCCCGAGCGGAGCCGCCCGGUGCCGAUGGCGAGAGGGCGCCCAGCCGGUCGGGCUCCCGCGAGUCGCUGCUGCCCCCGCCGAGCGUCACCGAGCUGGACCUGAGCGGGGACAACGUCAUCGUGCGCCCCGUGCACGGCAGCCUCGUGGGCGAGAGGUUCUGCUUCCAGGUCAUCACGGGCGAGGGCAGCCGCUCCUUCGGCUGCGCCUCCCUGGCCGAGCGGGACCGCUGGAUCGAGAACCUGCGCCGCACCGUGCAGCCCAACAAGGACAACCGCGAGCGCGUGGAGCUGGCGCUGACCCUCUGGGUGUACGAGGCGCGGGACGUGCCGCCGCGGCGCCGCCUCCGCUGCCAGCUCCACCUGGACGGCGCGCUCUACGCCCGCACCACGGCCAAGGCGGCCGGCGCCGGCGGCGAGCUCUUCUGGGGCGAGCUCUUCCAGCUGGCCGCCCUGCCCCGCGCCCGCACCCUCACGCUCGCCCUGUGCCGCGACGAGCCCGGGCGGCCCCGCGAGCCCGUGGCCUCCGUCGCCGUCCCCUUGAGCGAGCUGGUGGCCUCGGCGCGGCAGCCCUUGGAGCGCUGGUACCCGCUGAGCGGGUGGGACCGCGAGCGGGCGCCCGCCGUGCGGGUGCGCGGGCGCUACCAGGAGGUGCGGGUGCUGCCCAUCGUGCGCUACAAGGAGCUCGCCGAGUUCAUCACGUUCCACUACCGGGAGCUGUGCGCCCGCCUGGAGCCCCUCAUCGCCGCGCGGCACAAGGAGGAGCUGGCCGGGGCGCUGGUGCGCGUGCUGCAGAGCACCGGCAAGGCCAAGGCCUUCCUCAUUGACCUGGGCGUGGCUGAGCUGGACCGCUUCGAUGACCGCGAGGCGCUCAUCUUCCGCGAGAACACCCUGGCCACCAAGGCCAUCGACGAGUACAUGAAACUGGUGGGGGGCAAGUACCUCCAGGACACACUAGGUGAGGCCGUGGCCCAGCUCUGCAGCUCGGACGACUCCUGCGAGGUCGACCCCAGCAAAUGCGCCAGCCUCGACCUCUCRGACAACCGCAACAACCUGCGGCAGGUCUGCGAGGAGACCCUGCAGCGCAUCGCCGYGUCCUGCGAUGCCUUCCCGGCGGAGCUGGGCGAGAUCUUCGCGGCGUGGCAGGAGGAGUGCGCGGCGCGGGGCAAGGAGGACAUCGGGCAGCGCCUGGUGUCGGCCUCGCUCUUCCUGCGCUUCCUGUGCCCCGCCGUCAUGUCGCCCAGCCUCUUCGGCCUCGUGCAGGAGUACCCCAGCGAGGCCACCGCGCGCACCCUCACGCUGGUGGCCAAGGUCAUCCAGAACCUGGCCAACUUCACCACGUUUGGCGAGAAGGAGGCCUACAUGGGCUUCAUGAACGGCUUCCUGGAGGACAACUGGAGCGUCAUGAGAACCUUCCUGCGGAGCGUGGCCAACCCCGAGAGCAGCGCCAGCAUGGCYACCUAUGAUGGCUACGUGGACCUGGCCCUGGAGCUCGCCACUCUCCACCUCCUGCUCUGCGACAUCUUCUCCGGCCUUGACCAGGCCACGCAGGAGGAGCUGGAGCCGCUGCCCACCAUCCUCACCGCCAUCCGGGACGGGACCCCUGUCCCCGUCUCUGUCCGCCUCAGCUCCACCGUGGAGCAAAGCUCCGCAGAGCGCUCCAAGCCGGGCUUCGUGCCACCGCGCGAGCUGAGCAAGCACAGCCCGCUCAUCAAGGGUCGCUCCAAGCUGCGGCUCUCGGCCUCGCUGCCCCGCAAGCCGGCGGUGCCGUGGCAGCGCUACGCCGAGGAGGCGGCGGCGGCCGCGCGGCCCGGCGAGCUCUACGCCGGGCGGCCGCUUGAGGAGCACGGGCGGCUCCUCGAGGCGCUGCGGGAGGAGGUGGCCGAGAGCCGGCAGCGGCAGCUGGCGGCGGAGGCCCGGGCGGAGGCGGCGGAGGCCGAACGCCGCGGGCUGCGCGAGGAGCAGGAGCGGCAGCGGCAGCAGCUGGAGCGGCUGCAGGGGCAGCUGGAGGAGGCCACCGCGCGCCUCGCCAACCUGGGCGCCAGGCUGACCUCUGCCGAGGGCGCCCGCAAGAAGGACCUGGAGAGGCUGAAGGCCAGCGAGGAGAAGGGCCGAGCGCUGGAGACGCGUCUGUUGGCGCUGGAGCGGGAGCACCAGGAGCUACGCGGCACCAUCGCCCACCUCCUGGGCCACCCGUUCAGGACGGGGCRCCGGGCGCCGAGCCGGGAUCGGAGCGGCGACGACGGCCAGGCCACCAGCGUGUGA